CCGCUUCCGGCAGCCGGACCGCGGACAGGCUCGCCUGGGCUCGCCGCUCCGGCCGCUCCGGCCGCUCCGGCCCCGGGCUUGUCCUCUCGGCAGUGGCCGGCCGGGACCCCGCGGCCUCCCCGGGCCCGGGCCGUCGGCAGACAGGCCACCAUGGAGCAGUGUGCGUGCGUGGAGCGAGAGCUGGACAGGGUCCUGCAGAAGUUCCUGACCUAUGGACAGCACUGCGAGCAGAGCCUGGAAGAGCUGCUGCACUACGUGAGCCAGCUGCGGGCGGAGCUGGCCAACGCAGCCCUUCAGGGCAGCCCUCUCUCGGCCACCCUCUCCCUCGUGAUGUCCCAGUGCUGCCGCAAGAUCAAAGACACCGUGCAAAAACUGGCUUCAGACCACAAGGACAUUCACAGCAGCGUGUCCCGAGUGGGUAAAGCCAUCGACAGGAACUUUGACUCAGAGAUCUGCGGUGUCGUCUCCGACGCAGUGUGGGACUCGCGGGAGCAGCAGCAGCAGAUCCUGCAGAUGGCCAUUGUGGAGCACCUGUACCAGCAGGGCAUGCUCAGCGUGGCCGAGGAGCUGUGCCAGGAAUCGACCCUGAAUGUGGACUUGGGUUUCAAGAAGCCUUUCCUGGAGCUGAAUCGAAUCCUGGAAGCUCUGCACGAGCAAGACCUGGGGCCUGCGCUAGAAUGGGCCGCGUCCCACAGGCAGCGCCUGCUAGAGCUCAACAGCUCCCUGGAGUUCAAGCUGCACCGCCUGCACUUCAUCUGCCUCCUGGCAGGUGGCCCCGAGAAGCAGCUUGAGGCGCUCAGCUAUGCCCGGCACUUCCAGCCCUUCGCACACCUGCACCAGAGCGAGAUCCAGGUGAUGAUGGGCAGUCUUGUGUAUCUGAGGCUGGGCUUGGAGAAGUCACCCUACUGCCACCUCCUGGACAACAGCCACUGGGCGGAGAUCUGCGAGACCUUCACGCGGGACGCAUGCUCACUGCUGGGGCUUUCUGUGGAGUCCCCACUCAGUGUCAGCUUUGCCUCUGGCUGCGUGGCGCUACCCGUGCUGAUGAACAUCAAGGCUGUGAUCGAGCAGAGGCAGUGCAGCGGGGUCUGGAGCCACAAGGAUGAGUUGCCGAUUGAGAUUGAAUUAGGCAUGAAGUGCUGGUACCACUCGGUGUUUGCCUGCCCCAUCCUCCGCCAGCAGACCUCGGAUUCCAACCCUCCCAUCAAGCUCAUCUGUGGUCACGUGAUCUCCCGAGAUGCCCUCAACAAGCUCAUUAACGGAGGAAAGCUCAAGUGUCCCUACUGUCCCAUGGAGCAGAAUCCAGCUGACGGGAAACGCAUCAUAUUCUGAUUCCUGCCCGGAACUUGUUGGAGGUGGUUUUCUCCCAGGAGCCACGGGCGAACUCGGUGGGCGGAACUGGCUUUCCGUGAGCGGUGGAUGUGCAGCCUGCCGGGGUCACGGAAGAGGGAACCCACCCACGUGGGCCAGUUGGCCCUUGGCCAUGAGGGAGAUGCUGGACUGUAUACACCUGCUGUUUAUACGUCUUUGAUUUAGUAGCACAGGACCUAGCCAGCAGCUGUCUCAGCCAGGCCAAGCCUCUGUCCCUUGAGCUGCUCAGCCCAGGGGCAUCCAGCUGCGGCCAGCUUCCUGUUCCUCCUCAGCCUCCACUGUACAUAGUCCAAGUUAGCACUGAAUGCCGUUGUUUUAUAACUUUGACCAAAUAUAUUCCCAGCCCUCCUUC